GCGGGUUAUAAAUAGAUGGUGAGCUUUGCUUUUCGAAGUCCAUUAUUAUCUUUUCUUGUUAACAAUUAAAGAUGAAAUUAGGCUAUAGCUUUUCAUGGGUUUAAGUAGCCGAACAUUCUGAAAGUUUCUUGUACAUAGCCUUGUUUUUUUCCCCAAAAGCACAUUCUUGUAGUCAUCACGGUUUUUUAUUUCGGUAUUGAACUUGAUUACCGACAAAUCAAACCUUUCCUAAACAUGGUUGCUAUUUUCGCUUGUUUAGCUAAGAGCUGCAAUGUAAGCGUAUGGAGCUUUAAAUGUCUACAUUACCUCAUUUUUAGAGAAUCGCAUUCCUUCAAGCACUUUCCGUUCUGACAUUCUAACAACUCAUGAAUAUAUAUAUAUAUAUAUAUAUUUAAUUAAUUGAAUCCUAAUUAUCAAUACGAUUCAGCAAACGAGUUUGACCUUACUUCACCAUUUAUCUCUAUUGAAAGUCAAAGAAUAUCUAUUGAAUUACACAUAUAUUCAUGAUCAUAUAGUAAUUUUUAUUAAUCUACUUAUUUUAAUUUCUUGGGUUAAGUCUCUUUUAAUUGAAUAUGCCGUACAUAAAUUAUUUUCUCGUGGGACCUAUCGGGCUAGGAUUAAGAAAACUAGUACAACGAGAGAUACCAAUUUCCGACCAAGAAGCCUUUGGUUGCAUGAAUAAUGCCCUAUUACAUGGUUCCAAUCUCUGGGAUGCUGGCGAAGUUUUUUCCUCCUCAUUAUCAUCGGGGACAUUGGGGCUCUUGAGUAGGUAUUUUCGCAAAUAUCCAGAAAACAUUGAGCGAGUCUUUUUAACUGUAACAGUUGGAAAGAUAGAAGAUUCGGAUACAGAAGCCUUCCUCAAUUCUCUAAAAGAGAUUACAUCCGCUUUGCGAGGUCUGAAAAAGAUAGACUUGCUUAAUUGCCAAGUGGUAGAGGACGCACCAAUGACAGAAGAAUUCAUUAAGAUUAUGAAUGACUUUGUUAACAAAGGAGUCGUUCGUUGUAUAGGUUUAUGGGAACCUAGUCUUGAAGUCAUCCAAAGAGUGCGUGACAUUGCUAAUAUAUCAGCUGUUCGGGUGGAAUAUUCCUUACUUUCUAGAGAUAUUGAAGUGAACGGUAUAAAAGCGCUUUGCCAUAACCUUGGAAUUCCCAUUAUUGCUACUGCUCCAUUAUUACAUGGUAUACUAACGGGAGAUUCCAAAAUUAUGGAAGAAUUAAAGAAUAAAGAGAAACAUAUAUUAUCUAAUAAUGAAGAUCGAGAAGCGGUUAGGAUGAUUCUUUCCAAAGUAUCAUCUCUUGAUUCUUUCGCAAUACGAAAUGAUAUGACUUUAACGGAAGUCGCCUUAAGUUUUAUCCUUGGUACAGGAAAAGCCGGAAUUAUUCCAAUUCCUUGCUCUGAUACUCUGGAUUAUGUGGGAGAAAAUCUUGGUGCAUUUUCGAAAGUCUUAUCCUUUGAACAGCUUGACGAACUAUAUGAUAUUGUUCAGCAAUAAGGAAAUACUUUUUUCGAACUUUCUGUAAAACAGGGAAAUGAUUUAAUAUUUUUAUCAGCCAAUUGGUUCCAUACUUAGGUAUUUCAAUGAGUUCGCCUUCACCUUUAUUAUGUUUCAUGUUUUUUGUUGGUUUAUGAAGAAUAAAAGCUAAUUAACUACUACACAUAAAUAUAAAGGACAUGAAGUUUGAUUGAAUUGUAAACACCGAAAAUAUCUUCCGCUUUUCAUGCGGCUUAUAUGACUUAGCAAUCAUUGUCAAUACAAAUUCCAUUCGUUUUCCAAUGGAAGAAUAGAUCCAUCAAGUUCAUAAUAAUUAUACUUUACUAUUUCAAUGUGCAACCUUUCUUAAUUAC